GAAUUAAUAAUCCCCCCAUCAAUUCUGGCCUGGUUGCAGAGAAAGAUGGACCACGCUGCAGAAGCUCACCGGACGGACUUGAUGACCAUAACCAGGUUCGUGCUCAACGAGCAGUCCAAGCACCCCGGUUCUCGCGGCGACUUCACCAUCCUCCUCAGCCACAUUCUUCUCGGCUGCAAAUUCGUCUGCUCUGCCGUCAACAAGGCUGGUUUGGCAAAACUCAUAGGCCUAGCUGGGGAGACUAAUGUACAGGGUGAAGAACAAAAGAAGCUGGAUGUGCUCUCCAAUCAAGUUUUUAUCAAAGCCUUGGUUAGCAGUGGCCGAACAUGCAUUCUUGUCUCUGAGGAAGAUGAAGAAGCAACCUUUGUGAAGCCACCAUUGCAGGGAAAGUAUUGUGUUGUUUUUGACCCAUUGGAUGGAUCAUCAAACAUCGACUGUGGCGUGUCGAUUGGAACUAUCUUUGGAAUUUAUAUGAUCAAAGAUGAUCAUGAGCCAGAAUUAAAUGAUGUGUUGCAACCUGGGAAAAAUAUGCUAGCUGCCGGCUACUGCAUGUAUGGAAGCUCCUGCACAUUUGUCUUGAGCACAGGAUCUGGAGUCAAUGGUUUUACCCUUGACCCAUCACUAGGAGAAUUCAUACUUACUCAUCCAGAUAUCAAGAUCCCAAAGAAAGGAAAGAUCUAUUCUGUAAAUGAAGGAAAUACUAAAAACUGGGAUGGCCCAACGGCAAAAUAUGUUGAAAACUGCAAGUUCCCAAGUGAUGGUUCAUCACCAAAGUCUUUACGAUACAUUGGAAGCAUGGUUGCCGAUGUCCAUCGCACAUUACUGUAUGGUGGCAUAUUCAUGUACCCUGGUGAUAAGAAAAGUCCCAAUGGGAAGCUCCGGGUUCUAUAUGAAGUCUUUCCAAUGUCCUUUUUAAUAGAGCAGGCAGGAGGCCAAGCAUUUACAGGCAAACAAAGGGCCCUUGACUUGGUUCCGAAGAACAUACAUGACCGUUCUCCAUUAUUUCUUGGAAGUUAUGAUGAUAUUGAGGCAGUUAAAGCACUUUAUGCUGAUCUCGAUACUAAGGAAAUGUGAUGAAUCAUUUUCUGUAACAGCUUUUAACUAAUUGUAAUUCCGGUGUAAAAAAUGGCGUUUAGGGGCAAAAAUUCCCACAUUACUUAAAAAGUGAGAAGGGGUUACUUAAAUUCCCACAUUAGUUAAAAUUUUAUGCCAUUUAUCAUGGGUAUCAUUGGGUGAUAAUCUUUUGUGGUUUUUAUGCUAUUUACCAUUUUAC